CGGGGCUGAGUUAUUUCGAGAAAUUCGCUAGUCAUAUGCGAGGUGAUCAAAUACGAAAAGUGAGCAAAUUUGAGAACUUUUAGGUGAGAAAUCCGACUUUGAUUAGUACAACAACAACAUGAGUUAUCUUGCUUUCCUUGGUUGGUAAUUUAGUGGGUUUACAUGGUAUAUUUUGCAUCUCUUGUCCUUAAGAUUUGUUGGUUCAGUUCGCGAACGGCCUUAUCCAAUUGCGUUAGUUGAAAGCGCAAUUGAUUUCGGCUGAAGCAAUUUACAUUUUUAGGCUGAACUUUAUACAAUUUAUAAUAUAUCAAUAACUUAUUGAAAAACUGAGAAAAGUUACAUUUGGCGUUGAAAGCGUAUUUAUGAUAAAUAGAUUACGCCAGAAACAUCUCUAAAGGUUGUCGAGUCGACAAAUAAGACUUAAAUCAGACUAAUUAAGAAAGAGCAGAAGACUUUCAUUAUCCGUUUGAAGAAGGUUUUACACAGAUUUAACAAAGUGAAUUAUAUAUGUUCUUGAAAUUAAAAUGUAGAGUUGAAAGUAGCUGUUAACUUAGGAAGUUUUCUUAUGGCGUCUAAAAGCUUGAACGCGUUCAUAUUUGCUGAGCUGUUUUGUACUGAAUGAUAUGUUUGGACGUGGAAAAUUUAUUUUGUUAAAUUGAGAAAUUAACUUACAUUUUAUGGUAUUCUAAUCCUUUUUAAUGACACAUCCAUUAACCUUAAGUUUUUCAGUCCUGACUUUGGGUUUUUAUUUGUCAUCUCUAUUAUUGUAGCCUCAUUGCAAAGGGAAAUAAGCACCAUGUCCUUCGGUGAAUAUACUUCAAACUCCAGCACAGGUGAUCAGGAAUAGAACUGCUUGUCUGCUUUUGUUUCAGCCUGUAUUUUAAUCCCAGAUUGAUUUCUGAUUGUUGCAUACUAUUCUGUACUCAGAGCCUAGUACACCUAAGUAGUGAUUAUGGUUGAUUUUUAACUGAGUACAAUAAUAAAUGACUUUUGAAUGCAGAACUUUUUUUUUUUUAAUCUUGUCGUUGUACAUAUGUUACAGGGAUUAUGUCACACUUGAUUCUGGAGGGGUGUGGAAUGCUCUCCUUUUGAAAUUUAUAAUUAGAAACAAUUUAUUUGGUGUGAUCUUAAUUGUGUUUUUGGAAAAUUUAUUAUAUUAUGUAUAAUUUCAGUUGUUUAUUUUGUUUGAAGGAUCAAAGGGUGGCUCCACAGAGUAUAACAGACUCUGUAGCUGCGUUAGUAAUAAUAUUCAAGCAAUCAACAAAAAUGGUAUGUUAACCCUUUAACUCCCAAGAUCUGAUUGUCAAUUCUCCCCUUCAGCUACUACACAUUUUCUUGUAAAUUUAUAACGAGAAUUAGGUUUUCAAUCAAGGUAAUAAAUUGUACCUGGUGAGUUUGAGUAUGCUCACUUCCUGUUUGCUGUGUAAUAUAUGAAUACUUUAAAGAGAAGUUACAUGGUAAUCACCUCUGGGGGGUCAACCCUUAAACUCCCAUGAGUGACCAAGACAGAAUUUCUCCUUACAAUAUCACUAUAAUAUCAACCAGAUAAGUGUUGAGAAAAAGAAAUAUAUCAAUUUGGGGAUGAUUAGUUGAUCCAAUACUAAAUCCUCUGAAUUAACAUCGUAAAAACUGUUUGGUUGACAGAAAGGAGAAUUACAAAUUUGGUCUGGAGGGUUAAGUUGAAAUUGUGGUAAUAUAAUAAGUAGACUUGUUGAAGGAUCCACUUGAGUCUGGCCUUCAAGCAUGUUACAAACUUUCUUAAAAAUAUCAAAUUUAACUGAAUGGAAAAAAUCAAUUCCUGAUGGAGUCUAAGGAUUAAGCAAAAAAACAGAAUUGAAUUAGACAUUGAUGUUACAUAGCUUCAUUUCUUUAUACCAGUUAGAGAAGCACAUGGCAAGAUUGUAACACCUUCAUGCUUGAUUACUAAUGCACUUUGCCUGUUGUUAAGGCAAACUCAGUUUAUGUUAUGUGUUGUCAUCUAAAAACUCAUCUAAAAACUCAUCCAAAUUCACAACCAAUGUUACAUCCAUAUAUCUAAAAAGUAAUCAAAAUGUUGCAUAUGUCAACAUAUGUUUUAGAGAAUUCUGUGACCUCACAUACAGCAGUGAAACAUAGACACACAUUUACCACUGUGUGUCUUGAACUCAAGGAAUUUAUAGCUUGUAUGGUAUUUCUCUUCCUGGGACACAUAAUUUAUUAUGUUUUUUUCUUGGUGUCAAUCCACAGUCACUACAAUUCAGAAGCUUGUGGACAAACUUGGAACUUCAGAGGAUAAAUCACAGUUGCAGAGCAGACUGUAAGUUAAGAUCUGAUUGAUAAUUCUCCUCUCUAGGUACUACACAUUUCUCUGAUAAUUAGUUACAAGAACUUGAUGUUAGAUCAAGACAGCAACUUCUUCCUGAAAAGUUUGAGUAUUCUUGUUACCUGUUGGUGAAUAAUGUAUGGAUAUAGGUUAAAGGGUUAACACAGUCACAGUUACUCUCCUCAGAUUAUUGUCAAUUGAUAGUGCCGACUCUUGUAAUGAGUUUCAAUUUUUUUUAAAAUUUUAGACAGCAAACAGAACAAGCCACUCAAAAACUUGCCAAGGAAACUCACUCUUACUUGAAGCAGCUUCCUCAUCUGUUUGGAGAAUCACCAUCUGAAAGAGUGUGUAUUUUAGGCUCAACUUUUUCUGCAGUAACUUAAGACCCAAUUUUGCUGGCCUAUAAAAUUGUAUUCAACCAUAUUUGAUAUGGUUAUUUAUAUUUGGUCCCUGUAGCAGUCUUUAGAAGGCAAUCCAUGGUGGAGGUAAAACAUAAUCAUACUCUGAAAAAAAAAAGACCCUGAAAGGCAUCUGUAACAUUCUGAUUAUAGUGGAGCUUGCAGAGCUUAGCCCCAUAAUUAUACAAAAUAGUAGUAACCCAUCAAGCCGAAAAAAUUUGGAUGUACGACUGUACGACCGUACAAGGUACUACUUUUAACAUGCAUGAUCAACUGUGCUGCAGGCACGCCAAUGCCACGGCUUUGUUCAGUAGUCCAGUGGUCAGUGCUCUAAAUAUUGCCAGAUAAAUAUUACCAUUAUUUGUAGCCCAUUGCAUGAGAAAAACCAUAGACAUUGCAGUUUUUUGAUAAACCUCUAACCAGAGGAUUUUUUUUUCUUAUUGUAGCGUCAAAGGAAAAUACAAGUAGAGAAGUUAGCAGACAACUUCUCAACAGCUUUGAACACUUUUCAGCAACUUCAGAGGGUAAAUUAAUUUUUGAGUCUUAAUGGAAAAAUUAUUUUUGAUUUUUCUCUAUGAUCAAAUUGAGGACAUAUUUGUGCAUGAUUGUGUGGAUUGAACACAGUUCUAAUUGUCAGUUAUCAUCCUUCUGUGGGUAAACAGAGUGCAGCAGAAAAGGAGAGAGAAUCUGUUUCACGUGCAAGGUCAAUGUCUGCAGCAAUGCCAAGCCCAAGUGUAAGUGUGCUCUGAAAAUGUGGUCAGGUUUUUUUUUUUUUCAAUGAAUGGAUUAAUAUUUAAUAUUUAAUGGGUAAUGAAAUGGUCCUCGUAAAUUUUUCAAAGAAUUAAUUUUUUACACAAAUGUCUAUGUCACUUUAAGUUCAGACUAAAUUCUUGAAGUAAUGAAACUGUUGUUACAUAAUCUUUGAACACAGGUGACCAAAUUAGCAAGUUUUGCCACAAAUUAAGACAUGCAAAAUUCUUUCUAUGUAUCAUCAUGGCAACCUAAUUAUAUAAUUUAGUUGCAGCCAAGAGGGCUUUGCUAUUGUGAUUAACAAUAUUGUUUGAUAAUUUCUUUUCCAAUAGCCAAUGGGUGGAUUUAAUGAUGAGCAUAGCUCGACUUCAAAUGACAGGUAGGUGGCUUAAUUUCCUUAUGUUAUUAAAGGGUAAUGUCCUCUUGAGUGUUGAAAGGGAUCCAGGAGUGCAUUGAUUUUGUGCCUGCCUUUCAGCCAAUCAAAUGCAAACAUAUUUAAUCAAUACUGUUUUUUAUUUGAAUUAAGGGGGUAAGUUUCUAAAGAAACUGUGGUGCUUCAUCAGUGGGAGAGUAUAAUGAGUAAUUAAGUGUUGACAACUGAGUUGAAAAUGUAAACUAACCACCGUCGAGCGUCAGCCCUUCAUCAGAGCAAUAGACCAAGGGCUAAUGCUUGAAACAUCAGCCUUUAAUGGUGGUCAAUUUAUGUUUUCAACUCAGUUGUUAACAGUAAAUUACCUUUUUUAUUUUUCUCUUUCUGGAGACUUAAUCUCUCUUUGGUAAAUAUCUUUUAGAGCUGACAGUGGAUUCCAGGUACAAGCAGAAGAAGAGGUCUCUGUGGAAUUGAUAGAGGAAAGGGAAAGAGCCAUUAGACAACUGGAGGUAAUGUCACAUGGGCCUUAACCCUUUAAAUCCCAGGAGUGACCAAGACAUUUCUUCUUAAAAAAAAUACAAUGACAAGAAGACAAGAGAUAAGAAUAAAGAUAAAUAUCAUUUGGGUAAUUGUUAGUUGAUCCAAUACCAAAUUCUUCGAAAUAACAUCAUAAGAACUGUAUUACAGACAGUAUGAAGAAUUCCCUUUGCAAUCUGGGAGUGGAAGGGUUUAGAUUUGUUGAAGAAAGGCUAAUCUUUGAACAUGCAGCGUUUCUGUAUCAAUGUUGCAAAGUAGAUCUUAGUAGCAUGUUCCCAAGUACUUAAGAAUACGUACAUGUAAUAACCAGUGGUAGAAUGGUACAUGUUGGAGACCAGACUGAGUAUAGAGUAUAGCAAGGAUUAAGAGAGGUUUUGAAAGAGUGAGGUUUUACAAGUCAUUUACAUGUAGUUUAUAGUGCCAUCUCUGCAAUCAUGUAGUUCAAUCAAUUGUUUGUGUCUUGUAUAUAGGCUGAUAUUGUUGGUGUCAAUGAAAUCUUCAGAGAUCUUGCCACCAUGGUGUAUGAGCAGGGUGACAUGAUAGGUAAAACAAUUCAAUUUUACAUAUAAACCAUUUUCUUUAAGGUCCUUAGUUUUCCAUUAACUCUCGAAUUGCCCUAUCUCUAUUUGACUUACAGAUAGCAUUGAGGCAAAUGUAGACACUGCUGCAGUCCAUGUUGAAGAUGCCAAUGUCCAGUUACAGAAAGCUAGUCACUAUCAGGUGUGCACAACAAUUAUUUUCACUGUAACUGGUUGUAAUGUUGCAAUCUGAUUGGCCUAUUUGCUAUAAGAGUAUAGACUUGCAUCAGUGUGUCAGGCAAUGGUCAUGGGCAGAAAGAAUCAUUUUAUUUGAUGUUGAUAUUGUGGUUAAAAACAAAAACAAAAACAAAUUGACAGUGGAUUGCAGACUCGCAAAACUGUGCCUCUGAGUCCACAACAGUUUGACUACUGUGAUGACAAAUAUUGUAAGUUGUGGAUGAGAGUACAGGCCUUGCUAAACCACUGUGAUUUGUUAAUUUGGUAACUUUGAAAUCAUAGUUACUGUUUUAUUGGAUUUUUUUUGUCAUCUCAUUGAUUGUAAACAGUAUUAGACAGAGUAAAAAAGUUUAGUCUGCUUUUUUUGGAAAAUUGCAACGGUGGGAGUUUGGAACCUAGAGUUUAGGAUUCCAGAUAAAGAUGUUAUGGUUUGUGAACUGGCUGGGUCAUAGUGUCAAAAUAGGGAUUAACUCCAACAGCUAUAAGCCAAUUAGGGUCAAAGACUAAACUGCUUUUAAGUGGAUGCUUUGCUGAGAUCAAAGGGCACAAAAAGUACUUUAAACUUGGAAAUAAUGAAUGAAGUUAUUGUUAAACAAUUUUUCUUUGCAGAAAGCGGCAAGAAAGAAGAUGUGCUGUAUCCUAGUUAUUUUGGUUGUUGUUGCAGGUGCCUUGGGUCUUAUCAUUUGGUUGUCAGUAAGACAUAACAAUUGAGGUAGAUUUAAGCUUAAAAGCUAAGUUUUCAAAAGAAAGAAACCAGUUAGCUCUAUAGAACAUUACUAUUGGCAAAAAAUAGGAGUUGGAUUAGUGUAGGACAAUACAUGAACACUAGUGCAUCUCAUGAUUCAUAAGCACACUGUUGUCUAUGGAAUUGCAAGCACACGCACUCUCAUCUAUGCUAUUUCUGUUGUCUAAUUUCAUUAACCAGUGAUAUUAUUAUGAAUUGAUUACCAGGGAUGACCACUUCAUAUUUAGUACUUGGUGAAAAAUUUAGUAUCAGUUGUUGUCUGAAGUUAAUUGUUCUGUCAAACUGUCCCAAAUGUAUAUUGUAUUCUAGCAAUAUUAUGAGUACAAUUUAGUUGUAUGUUCAUGGUUUUCUGAGUUCCACAGUGGUCAUUUUUACAGGCCAUUGCUCCUCUUCAUUCAAUGAUUGCCUCUGUAAUGGUUUUCCUUUGUAUAAUACUACUUAAAAAUAAUGUUUAGAUCUCUUAACUUUAGAUGGCAACUGAUCAAUAAAGAUUCAACUUCUUCAUUACCAAUCGAAGAUAGAUUAGCCAGAAAUUUACAGAGUUAGGUUUGAAAUAUGGAUUACAGUUACACUGUACCCAUAAUGUAGACAUAACUGGUAUGAAAUCUUUAUAUCAAAAUGUCUCCCAAGGUUUUUUUCCUUUCAAACACUCAAAUUAUACUACACAUUGGUGUUAACAUUUUAAAAAAGAUGCAAUUUGUUUAGCAGUGCAUAAUUUGUAAUUUUAUGAAAUACUUUUGCCAAAGGCAUUGGGUUUACUCAUUGAUAGAGAAAUAAGAAAUAUUAACAAAAAGGUUUUUGUGGGUAGAUCAAACUAAGGACUUCUGUAGUGUUCUUAUACUUUUAUAGUGACAAUAAGACAGUACUAUACAAUCCUUUGUUUCCUUCUAGCAGAGUUCAAGUAUAUAUAUAUAUAUAUAGUGACAUUAACCAUAGAAAAAUUCUCUGUUUAGUAUGGCUUAGAGAGGGAGUUGUAAUUAGG